GAGGAGGAUUGUGGGGUCCUGGGUACUCUCUGAACUGGGUUGUUUCCUUGCAGACAUUUUAUGACCCAGCUAGGGAACUUCAUCAGUAUUAGGAAGGAGAGAAUUGUGGGGUUGCUGUCUGAGCUUGAUGGUUUUCUUGCAGGCAUUUCAUCGCACAACUAGGUAACAUCAUCAGGGCUAGAAGGGAGAGGGGUUUGUGGAAGGAGGGGGAAGAGGAGGAGGAGGAUUGUGGGGUUCUUGGGGCUCUCUUGGUGGUUUCUUGCAGAACGUUUCAUGACCCAACUAGGUAACAUCAUCAGUGCUAAGAAAAAGCAUCAAACCAACUGAAGAAGCUACCGUUGGCAAGAAAACCACCAGACUCAGAGAGCAACAAAGCUCCACAUUUGGAGGGCUGCCUUAAUCUUGCUUUUUUGGAGCACAGGGAGGGCCUGUUUUCCAGUAGGGCUCAAGCCCCGAUUUCGGUCUGCAGACGGAUCGAUGGGGUUGUAAGGAGGGGCAAUGGCCCAUUCGUCAUAUCUUGGGCACAUCGCGGUCUCCUUUGAUGGAUGUACUGCCUCUGCCGAUGAGUCACCUGGGCCGAAGGCUGGACCAGCUUUGAGUCAGGAGAAGGUGCCCGUGACUCUCCGUGACUGGGGGAAACGGAAGGGAUUUGAAUAAUGAUCGGAGUGUGGAAGGGACUGGGAGGGGGGGUCUGGAGCUCUUAUGGUGUGAAAUGAUAUCUAUCUGUCCUAUCUAUCAUCUAUCUACCGUAUCUCUCUAUAGCUGUGUCUGACGGUCGGUCGGUCGGUCUGUCUGUCUAUAUCGGUUAUCUAUCUCUGUCUGUUUACCUAUCUAUCUAUCAUCUAUCUAUUUAUCUGUUAUCUAUCUCUCUCUCUUUCUCUCUAUCUCUCUCUGUUUUUCUACCUAUCAUCUACCUAUCAUCUAUCUGUUAUCCAUUUCUUUCUUUCUCUUUAUCUAUCUUAUCUAUCUAACUCUGUCUGUCUGUCUGUCUGUCUGUCUGUCUAUCUAUCUAUCUAUCUAUCUAUCUAUCUAUCUAUCUAUCUAUCUAUCUAUCUAUCUGUCAUCUCUCUCUCUCUCUCUCUCUCUCUUUCUCUCUCUCUCUCUCUCUGAUUUGUUUGUCACCCAGUUCAUCUAGAGGCAACUUCUGGGCAGCUUACAAACAUUAGAAACUGAUAAACGUUAAAAUGAGAAAGUAAUAAUAACAAACCAAAUAAUCCUUACAAUAACAUCUGGGGAGGAGGGGAGCAUCAACCACGUGGGGAGAGGUUGAGGGGGGGGGGAGAGGUCUUUUAAGAGAAUUUGAUAGCCCCCUGCAAAGCAGGGCAUCUGCACUGGAGCCCCAGGCUCGAAGACAUUACAAACGUUGGGUGAGAGUUUUCUGCUGGAAUAGCAAGACUGUUUGAAAAGCAGCGUUCUCUAUCCUGCCCUUGUCUCCCUCUGUGUGUGUGUGCAUGCAUGUGUUUGUGGGUGUGUUUGUUUUGCGUUCCACCCUGUUUGAGAACCACCUGCAAGAAUAAAACAUUCUCCCUGGGGGAUUUUUGAAACCAAGGAUGAAAAUGGGCUGCAGGUGACACCCAAGGCAAGGUGUGCUUGGUGUUUUCUUGCAAAGAAAGAAAGCUCUCUGCAAGGACAGUUUCUUUUCCAUCAGACCCCGAGUGAUAUUUUUUGGCAAGUUUGCCCCCCCCCCCCGCUCCCCGCCGCCAUCAUCCACGCCUCUAGGCUUCAGUGAUGGGGUUUGCCUGCAAGUGUGCCAGCUGUCUUGAGUGUCUCUGACACCCACUCUGUUUUCGGAGAGUUCAAUAGAAACAGGAAUAAAAGUUGCAUAACAAGAAAUCAGCCUGGAUUUUAAUCGGGGUUGUCACACGAUGAAGCUUCCUUGGCAGGGAAUGGAUCUCACCUUUGAAUCUUGUCUCUCCAAAUAAAGCCGGAUUCCCGCAAUGCAUUUAUUAUUUGCAGCCACGAUGUAGACCAGAUGAGAACAACAUUUGCAGCUAUGUAUGUGUUGUGAGUAGCCAACUACGCACGCAAAACACCCCCCCCUCAAUCAGCAGUGAAUUUAUACCACUGGCAUCCAACGACGUGUGCCUCCCACUUUUUCUGAAAUUAAUGUAUUCCUCAUUGGUAUUGCUUUCACAGAGAACAUGACAAGUGCUAAAUAUUCAUCUGGGUUCCCUGUUUUCUUUUUGAGGCCAAACAAGCAGGUUUUGCCCAGAGAUUUCAGGGUGAGGCGCAGAGAGGGACGCCCCUGGGAUUUUGAACCAAAUGUAACUUGUCUCGCUUUCUCAAGUCGUCUUUUGACAUUUUCUCUAUGGGGCUCCUGUGUUGGCACUUGUUCUGCGUUUUUGGUGAAACAGAUGAAUACUGAAGGAAAGUGAGAAGACCACAGAACCGUCGGUCUGGAGUUAGGGAAAAGGUUACCUACCAACCAAGAACUAAGGAGGAAUUUCCUGACAGUGAGAACAAUUAACCAGUGGAACUGCUUGCCUCCAGAAGUUGUGGCUGCUCCAUUAUUGGAAGUUUUCAAGAAGAGAUUGGACAGGCAUUUGUCUGGAAUGCCGUAAGGCAGGGAUGUCAGAAGUUGCUAAGGUUGGAGCUUCUGGGAUAGGAUCACCUGCUUGAGCAGGGGGUUGGACUAGAAAACCUCCAAGGUCCCUUCUAACUCUGUUAUUCUGUUUUUGUCCAAAUUCCCUUUUCAGAUAGACUGCCUUUCUUCUUCUUCUUCUGGCUUCUCUUUUGUUCCUCAGGGGGAACCUGGGCCAUCUUUGGCAUUUGCCAAACUGGAAGUUAUCAAGCUGCGGUGCCCAAUUACCCAAAGAUGCUGCGGUUGCCUUGGUUACCAAGACAUCUGCUGGGUAACCAAGAGGUUCCAGUUGCCCCGGGUUACAGAGAUGUCCAAAUUGCCAGGUUACCAUGCCAAAAAGCCCAGGACAUAUCAAAAUCUUGGCCCGGCAUUAAGAAGCCAAGACCGGCCAAAGUUCACAGGCCUGCCACCCCCCAACCUGACCCCCUGCCCCUACGGCUCUACGUGCCUCAUGCUGGAAGUGGGGUCCCUGGGGGCUUAAAGUUCAUUGUGUCAGCUGCAGAGUUGCUCAGGUGACGGCACCAACUUGCCAUCUCCAUCCUCCCGGCCUCUCAUCGGGUUGCCCUUGGCAACAGCAUCCCCUGGAGGGAGGGAAGGAGAGGGUACCAGCUCUAGCCCUGCCCCACCCUUUCUUUUUUCCCUACCAGGCAGCCAAUGGGGAGAUUCCGCUGGCUGCCUUUCAGGGUCCCUGCCCAAUGGCCUCCUUCCAUAGGCGGGAGCCAGGCUGCCUUGAUCUUGGAUGGGAAGGCGUGGCUCCUUUCUGGAUGAAGCUUGGGGUGAGCAGAGAGCAGAAGAAAGGCAGUGAAGCAGGAAGAGGAGACCCUGGCCCUUCCCGUCUGAGGGUACCCACCCCCUCUGCCCUCUCCAGGGAGAUCCCAGCAUGGCAGCCCACAGGGUGGCAGGACCCGAGUCGGAAGACCUGGAGCAACGGAUCCAUCAGAUCAACAAUGAGUCUUUGGAAAGUACCAGGCGAAUGCUGCAGCUGGUGGAUGAGAGCAAAGAUGCCGGGAUUCGAACUCUGGUUAUGCUGGACGACCAAGGGGAGCAGCUGGACCGCAUUGAGGACGGCUUAGACCAGAUUAUCCAAGACAUGAAGGAAGCGGAGAAGAACCUCAGCGACAUGGCCAAAUGUUGCGGCCUUUUCGUCUGCCCCUGCGCCAAGUUAAAGAACAUGAAGGCCAUGGAGGCUAACAAGGCGGCCUCUGGCAACGCCCAAGAUGUGGUGUCACAGCAGCCCAUGAUGAUGACUGCCGGGACGCAGAUGAUGAUGAGCGGGCCCUUCAUCCAGAGGAUAAUGAAGGACGACGUGGAGGAGGAGUUGGAGCAGAAUUUGACCCAGGUGGACAGUAUGCUGAGUAAUCUGCGUAGCAUGGCGGUGGACAUGAGCAACGAAAUUGAUGUCCAGAGCAAGCAGGUGGAGAAUAUCAAGGAGAAGGCCGUUGCCAAUGUGAUCAGCAUCAACGAGGCCAACAACCAGACCACCAAGAUGCUCAAGAAAGCCUGAGGCCACUUCGGGCCCUUGCGCCCCCCCCCUGCCCGCCCCCCACCCCCCCGUCACCAAAUGCAACCACAGUUACCAACUUCCGUUCUCCGCUCCGGAGUGGAUGCCAAGCGAUUUAAAACCAAGUUUCCUGCGUGAAUCUCAUCCAUCUUCUGAAUCACCAUGCAUGCUUCCUGGUUGCUAAAGUGAUGCCCACGUGAAUGGCAAGGGAGGGGGACUAACUUGAGCUUUGCCCCCCCUGUGGGGUGUGUUUGUGUGUGUGUUUCCCUUGGCACAGGAACCCGCUGAGCUGUCUCGGUGCCACCCAGCCCACCUCCUCUUUAAUGGCUAAGAUGGCCGAUGAACAGCCACCUUGCUGGAAAAACCGCUAUGUUGAAGAGGAAAGAAACUUCUCUUGAGAAACUGACUAGGCCGCUUCCCGGAUUCCCCACGGGAAAAAGUUAGGAACGGCUAUUUUUCAGCCCAAUGGCAAAAAUAAACAUCCCCCAAUUUGGUUUAGUGGGGCCAAGAAUGUUUCUGUAGCUGAAGGCUACAGAGCUUGGGGAAGCCAAGAGCCCUGGUGGGACACUUGAGGUCAUCCAAACAGGGAUGGGGGUGAAAUGCCGAAAGAGACAGUGGUGAUCUUCUCUGGGGUAUCAACCCAAUAUUGUGGCUAGAAGUGGGUCCAUUAAAAAAACCAACAGUCCAGAGUUUUAAUUUAUAUCUAGGCUCCAUCCAGGCUUCUUCCAGAGUCUGUCCUGAGGGAAGGGAGGAGAAACAAGUUGCCCGCUUGCCCGGGCACAAGACCAGGCAAGGCUGGCAUGGCUCAAUGGGGACAUUGGCCAGACGCAGAGAAGGACCCUGGCCAGCAAGUGCAAGAAGGCAGCCCCCCCUCCCCGUUUCCAGCCCGUGCAUCACCCCUGAAAAUG